AUGACGAACCUGCCGGACAACUACGUCGUCGCGCUUCUUACACCCGAACAGUUAUUCGACAAACUCACAGUGGCCAGUCUUCGCUCCGUAUGUUCCGCUCACUCGAUUUCUCUCGCCAAAGUACGUGUGUGUAGACAGGUAAUCGCCGAGUUAUUUGCCUCGCACGAGUGCGUGGGGGGGUGUGAGCUUCUGUAUACCGCAUUCGAAAAGGUGCCUAUUGCCAACAAGCGGAAAACCGGCCGCAAAUACCGUCGGUACAACGGAAAGAGGCGCAAAGUCAACAGCCAGAAAGCAAUGAAGAAAAUGCUUGCGGACGACGUCGACACUCAGGCUCCGGCGUCGAGCUUUCCGCCGCCCCGACCGAACAAAGAGAUGAUGCACCGUAUCGCGAGUAACUUCUACGAAGAACUUAUGAACGUCCGAGAGAUAGGUUGCGCAGUUUGCGGCGAAUUGAAGCCGGAAAAGGGCAGCGUGCCGAUGCGAAGUAUGAAACACAACUUGAAGGUCCUCGACAACAAUGCUAUUACUCGAAAGUUACGGACGACCGAUAAUGACCCUAUACAGCCAUUGCCUGGGCUGGUUCUAGCUGAAGGAUGUGAUGUUAUAUGCCAGGAUUGUCGCGGACCGUUACGACAGAUGGAAGUGCCAAGACUGGCUUUAGCCAACAAUCUUUGGCUGGGAGAAGUACCGCCAGUAUUGAGUAAAUUGAGAUACUUCGAACGUAUUCUGAUACAACGUGUCCGCCACAAUGCCUCCUUUGUUCGCGUGGGUGGCUCAUUCAAGAAGAUGAUAGCACAUGUCAUAUGCUUCCCUGUGAACACGCCUCUCGUUCAUGACGUCCUGCCACCACCUAGAGAAGAAAUGGACGAGGUCCUCGCAGUUAUGUUCACUGGUCCGUCAUCACCCACGCCUGCUGAUUACGCGUCUGGUAGGUUUAAUCCACUACUAGUGAGACGGAAAGAAGUACAAGAAGCGCUCGAGCACCUGCGUCUUAACUCGCCUGACUACGCGGAUAUCACAAUAUCCGAAGAGAAUCUACGAACUUACGACGAGGACUCUCCCCCAGUUACUAUUGAGUAUCGGAUGAUGGAUACCAACAUAAAUCAAGAGAGCAGGAGCGCUUUUAACACGGAAGAUGACCAAGGAGUGACCUCUGGCGAAGUACCGUUCGUUGUACACGGUUUGACGGGUGAGGAC